GUGGAGACCAGGAGGAGCGGGCCCACCUGGAGGAAGGGGGAGGCAGUUUAUCCAGCCUUGUGACCCAGCCUUUGCGAUGAUCGCCAGAGGGAAGAAUGCCUCAGACCUCUUCCCAGCCGUGGUGAAGAAUGUGGCCUGCAAGAACAUCGAGGUGAAGAAGCUGGUCUAUGUGUACCUGGUGCGCUAUGCUGAGGAGCAGCAGGAUCUGGCUCUGCUGUCCAUCUCAACCUUUCAGAGAGGCCUGAAGGACCCUAACCAGUUGAUCCGGGCCAGUGCUCUGCGUGUGCUCUCCAGCAUCAGAGUCACCAUCAUCGUUCCCAUCAUGAUGCUGGCCAUCAAAGAGGCUGCCUCCGACAUGUCCCCCUAUGUGAGGAAGACGGCCGCUCACGCCAUCCCCAAACUCUACAGCUUGGACCCAGAGCAGAAGGACUGUCUGAUUGAGGUCAUUGAGAAGCUCCUGGCUGAUAAAACCACGCUAGUGGCAGGUAGUGUUGUCAUGGCCUUUGAGGAGGUGUGUCCUGAGCGCAUAGACCUGAUCCAUAAGAACUACCGUAAGCUGUGUAACCUGCUGAUCGACGUGGAGGAGUGGGGUCAGGUGGUCAUCAUCAACAUGCUCACGCGCUACGCCCGGACGCAGUUCCUCAACCCCAACAUGAACGAAUCCCUGUUGGAGGAGGGUGGUGGAGAGAACGCCUUCUAUGGCUCUGAUAAUGAUGAUGACACCGAAGAUGAGGAAGACGAGGAGAAGGAGAAGAAGAAGACUGAGGCGACUGCCAUUGUCAAGAGGAAGCCUUACGUCAUGGACCCAGACCACCGGCUACUGCUGAGGAAUACCAAGCCCCUACUGCAGAGCCGAAACGCAGCAGUGGUGAUGGCUGUGGCUCAGCUAUAUUUCCACCUGGCACCCAAAGCGGAGGUAGGCGUCAUUGCCAAGGCUCUGGUGCGCCUCAUGAGGAGUCACAGUGAAGUGCAAUAUGUCGUCCUUCAGAAUGUGGCAACGAUGUCCAUCAAGAGAAGGGGGAUGUUUGAGCCCUAUCUGAAUAGUUUCUACAUCCGCUCCACAGACCCAACCCAGAUUAAAGUCCUCAAGCUGGAGGUUUUGACCAAUUUGGCCAACGAGACAAACAUAUCCACCAUCCUGAGAGAGUUUCAGACGUACAUUAAAAGCAAUGAUAAAGAUUUUGUGGCUGCUACCAUCCAGGCCAUCGGCCGCUGUGCCACCAACAUUGGGGAGGUGAGGGACACCUGCCUCAACGGCCUGGUGCAGCUGCUCUCCAACCGCGAUG